AUGGAUUCCUCGGGCGGAAGUUCCCGAAACGCGACUUCCCGCGGCUUCCGGUGGUUUCCGGACGCUACGGAGAGGCCGAGAUGCGGCGAGCGCACGCGCGGCAGCGCCUGCUCGCGGCGCGGGGGGCUGCUGAGGACUAAACUGAGCCCCCCGCGAGGCCGAGCCGGGGCUGUGCGCACCGGCUUCGGGGAGCGCCGGGAUGUGGACGCCACUGCCCACUUCAGCUUCUGUCGGACCCUCCUGGAGCACACAGUGUCUGCCGAGAGCAUCCCCUGCCACCUGCCUCGGACACCAGGCACCAGCCUCACAUGGCACGACUCCCGCAGCCAGAGGGCAGCUGGCGGCCGGCCAGUCAAGCUCCUGCAACAGCCAGGCACAGAGGCCCCCCAGGGCCGGUACUCUGACCACUAUGGCCUAUACCACACGAGUCCCUCGCUGGGUGGCCUGACGAGGCCGGUGGUCCUGUGGAGUCAGCAGGACGUCUGCAAGUGGCUCAAGAAGCACUGUCCCCACAACUACCUCGUCUACGUGGAGGCCUUCUCUCAGCAUGCCAUCACCGGCCGGGCGCUGCUGCGGCUGAAUGCAGAGAAGCUGCAACGGAUGGGGCUGGCACAGGAGGCACAGCAGCAGGAGGUGCUGCAGCAGGUGCUGCGCCUGCAGGUGCGCGAGGAGGGGCGGAGCCUGCAGCUGCUCAGCCAAGCUUCCUUUGGAAACACGUCCUAGCUGCUGCUUGAGGCUUGAACCCCAGACCUCAGCACUGUGACCGGAGCCCCUGACAAGGACGAGGCAGAGCUGGCCGCGCAGCCCCUCUGGGACCCUGCAAGAGGCCCCAGGGGCUGAGGCCAGUCCCGUGGAUAGGUGGGACCAGAAUUGCCACCUCCAGCCACCUCUGGCUGUGCACUCUGGGCUGUGCCUGGGAUUGGGCGGGCAGGGGCUGCUUGAGUGUGGCCCUUCGUCCUAGGACCUGAGCCCAGGCCCACCCCCUGGUGCUGCUGGCAGCAUGCAGGACAGCCACCUGGAGCCAGAGUGGGUUUGGACGUCCCCUAGACUCCCAGGGAGCCUGUUUAUUUAUGUCCCCCUCACCCCAUUAAUGUCUGUUCUCCAUCGCCUGCUAAGUCACAUGUCCUGUAGGCAUCCUGCUCUCUCCCAGGGCUGGAGGUCUGCCCCCUGUUUAGGCCCUCCCCAAGCACCCAGAGAACUGCCCGCACAGGUGGGACAAACUGCCAAGGCUCCCUUUGGCGUGUGCCCUCCCCUUUCCCGGCCCAGAGGAUGGGCAUCAGUGUUGGCCUGGCAGGGCAGCGGGCCAACUGCUUUCACUCAUCUAUUCUCAUAAAUUCUCACCACACUCUCGGCUACCUGCGGGAACUGGGACACGCACCCGAGACCCGAGUGGCACAGUGAGGACCCCACACCCCAUACCCAGCACCGGGCUCAGCCGUGUCCUGGCCUUUGGUUUGGAAACGUCCCUCUCCUCCCAGGGUCAUGGAGACCACCUUUGAGGCAUAGUCAUGGGUGGGCAUUCCCACUGUCCCUUUCCCAGGAAAUCCCGGGUCCACACAAGAACUGUCCUGAUGGCUGCAUCCCAUGCCCCACCCACUGGAGACCCAGCCAGCAUCUGAGCAACUGCCCUGUGGGCCAGAAAGUCCCAGGUCUGGGGCUGGCUGGCGUUGCCCAGCAGAGGGAUAGCAAGGGUGGUCCUGGCACCCCCACCCUCUUGCUCCUCUGCCCACUUACUCCCCUAGGGGACUCUGAAAAUCUCAGGGACAGAUGAGGCUGAGCCUCCAGCCCCUUCUCUGUGCCCUGAGUUGGCCUCAGGAUGGGAGGCUGGGUGUGUAGGUCCCAAGUGGAACUCGAACAACUCGCCUGGUGCCUCCCAUCCCUUGUGUCCCUCACGGGAAGCUCCUUAUACUGUCUGGCUGCCCCAAGUGCCCCUGGCCACCUCCUGCCAUCAGGACAGCUCCCUUUCCGGGAGCCCUUCCCGUCCCUCCUUCCCCCUCCUUGUCUUGUCCCCUUGGCCCCACCAUGCUUGUCUUGUCUUCCUUGUUCUGUGCUAACUUUUUUACACUCUGACAAAAAGACCAGAAAUAAACUCGGUUCUCAAGCGA